CCGGAGACGCUGUGACAGUCAUAGAUUAACUUUACAAAGUAGUCUCCCUAGUUCAUUCGUUUUGCCUACAACAUGCAGUCGCCGACAUUUGGACGAAUCUAACCGCGCAGUUCAGGACAAGUCUGCGGGACAGCGGUGAGCUUUCUGGACAUUUCAUCCUAUGCCAAUGCGACGUAACUUGAAUCGUUUCUACAGGUCAAGGAAUAUUAGUUCUGGAUUCUUUGUUUACCACGACUGAACUCUUUGUGGUAGAAGGCGUAGUGUGUGAUGAACCUAGAGAGUGCGUGUGGUUACCAGGCCGGGGUCGGGGCGCGGGGUCCACGGGAAGUGAUGGAGCAGAAGGUCCAAGGUCAGCUGAACUUUGGCUUCCAGAGGAGCUCCACGUCAGACGACGACUCCGGCUGUGCGCUGGAGGAGUACGCCUGGGUACCCCCCGGCCUCAGACCAGAACUGGUUCAGCUAUAUUUCUCCUGUCUGCCUGAGGACAAGGUUCCUUACGUUAACAGUCCUGGAGAGAAGUUCAGAAUCAAACAACUCCUCUAUCAACUGCCUCCACAUGACAAUGAGGGGCGCUACUGCCAGUCUCUCAGUGAGGAGGAGGAGAAGGAGCUCCACAUGUUCAGUGUCCAGAGGAAGAAGGAGGCGCUGGGGAGGGGGUCUCUCAAACUCCUGCCCCGGGCCCUGCUACACAGCUUCUGUGAACAUUGUGGGGAGAGCAUCAACGGAGGGGAGAUGGCGGUGUUGGCGUCCAGAGCGGUUCCUGGGCUGGUCUGGCACCCAGCAUGCUUUACGUGCUCCACGUGUAGUGAGCUGCUGGUGGACCUCAUCUAUUUCUACCAGGAUGGGAAGAUCCACUGUGGCCGACACCACGCAGAGCUGCUCAAGCCACGCUGCUCAGCCUGCGACGAGGUUAUCUUUUCUGACGAGUGUACGGAGGCGGAGGGGCGUCACUGGCACAUGAAGCACUUCUCCUGUUUUGAGUGUGAGACUGUGCUGGGGGGGCAACGUUAUAUCAUGAAGGAUGGUCGGCCAUAUUGCUGCGGCUGCUUCGAGUCUCUCUACGCCGAGUACUGCAAGGCCUGCGGGGAACACAUUGGUGUGGACCAUGCCCAGAUGACGUACGACGGUCUCCACUGGCACGCCACCAAGGGUUGUUUCUGCUGUGCCCAGUGUAAGAGCUGUCUGCUGGGCUGUCCCUUCCUGCCCAAGCAGGGCCGGAUCUACUGCUCCAAGGCCUGCAGUCUGGGAGAGGACGUCCAUGCCUCAGACUCCUCCGACUCCGCCUUCCAGUCGGCGCGCUCCCGUGAGUCCCGCCGCAGCGUACGCAUGGGCAAGAGCAGCCGCUCGGCUGACCAGUGCCGCCAGUCGCUCCUCUUCUCACCCUCCGUCAACUACAAGUUCCCCGGGUUUACCGGUAACCCAGACACCGAUACGCUCACCAACAAACUGGCCCACCUGGGUUUAACCAACGAGGAGUGCUUCUGGAGAGGGAGGGAGGACACUGAGGCCCCUGAGGACCGGGACGAGGAGGAGUGGGCCGAGCAUGAAGACUACAUGACCCAGCUGCUGCUCAAGUUCGGGGAGCACGGUAUCUUCCAGCAGGGUGAGCUGGUCAACUCCAGACCUCCAACUGAUCUGUGGAUGACCGAGGCGGUCAAGAUGAAACAGUGUGAGCCUCAGGGCUCUAGGGCUGAGAGUGGAGGCAUUGGAGGAGGACGUGGAGGAGGGUCAGGCAGUCAGAGCCUGGCCAGUAAGAAGUACCAGGCAGAUAUGUACUGGGCCCAGUCCCAGGACGGGCUGGGGGAUUCGGCCUACGGGAGCCACCCUGGCCCGGCCAGCAAUAGGAAGCUCCAGGAGCUGGAGCACGCGGCUGGGAGCAACGGGGGUACCGGCUUCCAGGGGGAGGAGAAGCAGUGGUAUGACAACUCUCUGGAGUGUAUCACAGAUGAGCUGAAACAGAAGGAUCAGAGCGUCAGGGACUCCAUGGACUCACUGGCACUGUCCAACAUCACCGGUGCCUCUGUAGAUGGCGAUAGUAAAGAGAGACCUCUGGUCUACUCCUUACAGAGCUUCCAGGACCUCGAGGCUGAGAGAGACUGUGAGAACACAAGCAACAUGGGAACUCUCAACUCCUCCAUGUUACACCGCAGUGCCACUUCCCUGAAGAGCCUUACGUCUGAGCUGGAGCCGGAGGAGAACGUACCAGAGGAAGAGGAGAAGGCCCCUCUUCCCUCUCCCACCAAGCCUCCUCACGUCCCGGCGUUGAGACGGACUCGAUCCCAGUCCCGACCCCAACAGGUGAAGUUCUCCCCAGACGUCGUGGACAACAGUCUCUAUGGUGACCUGCAGGUGCGCCAGCCCCCGAUGAGCGAGCGGACGCGGCGGCGAGCAUACCACUUCGAGGAGCAGGACCAGGAGCUUGGUGACUCAGGCUCCGGCCGCCAUCACAACCACCCUCACCACAGGAGGCGCCGCAAGUCACGCUCCGACAACGCUCUCCACCUGGUGCCCAAGGAGAGGGCCAACCGCAUGUACUUCAGAGAUGACCACAGAGGCCAUGGGGGCCACAGCUUCAGCUCCAAGGGGCCCCAGCAGCAGGCCUUCCUGCCCAACCAGCAGGGGUAUGGCCAGGCCCAGCAUCCCCACCACCAUCCCCACCAAGCCACCUCAGACUACCGACUCCAGCAGGGCCCAGCCAUGGAGAGGUUCAUGGGGUUGUGUGGGGACAGGGACGAGGAUGACUGGUGCUCCACCUGCUCCUCUUCCUCCUCCGAGUCUGAGGAGGAAGGCUUCUUCCUGGGCCAGCCCAUCCCCCAGACACACAGACACUACUAUGAUGGCCUGCCCAGCCAUGUGGCAGGCCUGCCCUCCCCGCCUUACGGAGCAGUCCCACGGACUAAGUCCAAAAAGAAGAAGGGGCACAAGGGGAAGAACUGUAUCAUUUCAUAAGACUGGACUUUUUAUGGUCCCCUGUUGGUCCACUUUUAAAAUGAUGUCUGCAACCCCCUUCUGAAUCUCUUGUUGUUUCCACUAUUGUGAAUACAGAAAUGUCCAGCUUGUUAAAUUGUCUUGCCAACUGGAUGUAGUACAUGUUAAUACGGCUCUGAUCCUAUCAUUGAAAUGCAUUACAAAAAAACAGACAGUUUCAUAAACACAUUUCAAAGCUGUCAUCAUAAUUGUAUUAGAAAACAUUUUAUGCAAAUAACAACUUUGAACAAAUGUAUUUAUAAAACAGCAUUUACAGACUAACGGAAAUGACUAUUUAACAGUGCAGAUGUUAAUGUAUAUAUUGUAAAGUUCAGAUACAAAACUGAUAUUUUUUUAUAACCCUGAGUUCCAAGUGUUUUUGUAGUGGAAUGGCAUUGAAAGACAAAACUGAUUGCAGUUAUCAAAGAACCUUCUCUUUUCUUAACCAGGGUUUGAAAAAUUAAAUAUGAUAUGAUGUUCUGCCAGCAAAGGCAUUCAGAGUAGAAGAGUUUGACCCUGGGCCUGGUUUUCCAAGAGCAUCUUAAAAAGGUGAAAUAUGCAGAAAACGCUCUGCCAUUUCCUUGUUGCUAAAAUUCGAAUAGUUCCCCUAAUUUCAGUUUAAGUGACAAAACAAGCAAGUAUAGUGUA